AUGGAAUUUAACAGUUUUAUGGUCAAAAAAUACCGUUCUUACUUUGGCUUCCUUGAUGUUUACCACGAGGGGUUCAUCACGAAGGCUACGUUUGAUCAGAUUUGUGAGAACCUUUGUAGAGUCUACAGCGCCAGUCCGGAAAAAGUGCGUUUGCUAAAAGCUGAGGUCCCAAAAUGGUGGGUACAUUUCCAGGAUCUUGCAGAAAAUGGAAAAGUCUCCGAACAGCGCUACAUUGAUGUGAUUCAGUCUUGUUUUUUCCUGCCCACGACGCUCAAAACUUACAGGGACAAUAUGGCCCGAGCUUUUGGAAUUAUAUUUGACAUCAUAGAUGUGGAUGGAGAUAACUACAUUUCCAUUCAAGAACUCCGUAAAUAUUACAGCGCUUUUGGAUGUACUGAUCAGAAGUUUUUGAGGAAAGUAUUUGAGGCGCUGGACAUCAACCGCAAUGGGCUGAUUUCUAAAGAGAACUACAUGGAUGUUAACGACAAAUACUUCUUCAGUAGGGAUAGUAAUUCUGGAUGUGCUUUUUUGUUUGAUUGGUCACGAAGUGGGGACUAA